AGCAGCAAAGCAGAAGACAGCUGGGAUAAUUUGCCAAAGCGCAUUUAAGGAUAUUACACUUCACCGUGAGCUCUACAAACAGACCAACAGCAACCAUGUCAGCACACGCCAGCCUGCUCCUUCUCAUCACCGUGUGUGUGUCCAUGCAGGAAGGUUCUGGACAUCCACUGUCAGAGAGGCCUAAGUCCAGUGAUCUGGCUCCACCUCACAGAGUGCGGACCAAACGCUGUGCCUGCAACAACCAGCUGGACUCUGAAUGCCACUACUUUUGCCAUCUCGACAUCAUCUGGGUCAACACACCAAGUAAGACCACUGUUUACGGCUUGGGCAGCCCUCUGUCACGUCGCCGUAGGGCCGCCGGUCGCUGUGUGUGUGCAGACUCUGACGACCACACCUGCAUCAGCUUCUGUCUGGACAGCUCAGAUAACUCUUCACCCCAGAGUGCCAUUAAGAGCUCCCGUGCCAACCUGUUGACUUUCCUUAGAUCUAUGGUCAGAGCCUCUGAGAGAACCAGGGGAUGGGCCUUCCCACCCAGGAAGGAAGCAGCCAGGGCCCCUGGGCUUGAUGAGCGCUAAACGACAUGGCAUGGCAGACAGAGUGAGGAGAGAAGAGUGAGCACCAGAACAAAUGACACUCCUCCAACAUGGAGAGGAGCAGAACAAAGGGCUGCUGGUAGAGAGAUGUGUCACAUGCAGGAAGGCCACAGACCGGUGGGACUGCCUGUCUGUUUGUCGGUUUGCACACAUAAAUUGAGGUUGGAAAACAAAAUGUGACAGAGGCCUGAAGACAGAGAAUGCUAGAUCUAUCUUGAGGGAUGCAUCAAGCAUGAUGCAUACAGGCUAUUUGUGCAGCAAAAUAUUUAUGUUAGGGGCAGGAGGGACAAGGGUGGUCCAUGCUACUGGCAGACUCUGGCCAGGUAGCCGUAAAGGAGAGAACACUUGAUGUGUGUAUGCUGGCUGUCUGUGUUCAAAACAGUGGCAGACCAUUGCUGUCAUGAUGGAAAGAAUGUGACAGGGAGAAUAUGACUGACAGGCUACUGAUACGAUCAUCAAAAUGAUGUAUGCGAUAACCACUGUGUUUUUCUCUUUCUUUUGCCUAACAUAUUUAAUCUCUCCAUUAUUUGAUUGUAUAAUAACAACAUAUUAUGAUUGCUAUGCAGGUUAUUCAUCAGGGGAAAUGACUGAGGUCAUUUAAAGGUGCAAUGUUUAGGGUUAUACACUUAGUGUACAAAACAUUAAGAAUACCUUCCUAAUAUUGAGCUGUAAAGUUGACUGGAUGUCCUUUGG